AUGGAGAAAGUGAGAGAAGCAUCGCAUGCAGGCUCUUGGUAUACCGACAAUCCGACGAAGUUAUCAUCAGAUCUUGAAGAAUGGCUCACAGCAACUGGUUUAACCAAAUCUCCUGAUGUACGAGGCGUAAUUGCACCGCACGCAGGUUACUCGUACUCCGGUCGUGCUGCUGCCUACGCCUUUGCUAACAUUGAUCCCACAAACAUUUCCCGGAUAUUUCUUCUUGGUCCAUCUCACCAUUUUUACACUCCAAAAUGUGCGCUUUCGACUGCGACAGUUUACAAGACCCCUAUAGGAGAUCUACCUGUUGAUGUGGAGAUGAUUAAGGAGAUAAGAGCUAUGGGAAAAUUCGGAAUGAUGGAUCUCCGAGUCGAUGAGGCUGAGCACAGCAUGGAAAUGCACUUACCUUAUUUGGCUAAAGUGUUUAAAGGGCACAAUGUGAAAGUUGUACCGAUCUUGGUUGGAGCAGUAAGUGCGGAAAAUGAAGCCAUGUACGGUGAGUUGCUUGCCAAAUAUGUGGAUGAUCCCAAGAAUUUUUUCUCAGUGUCAUCUGACUUUUGCCACUGGGGCUCAAGGUUCAAUUACAUGCAUUAUGACCACAAUCAUGGUCCCAUACACAAAUCCAUUGAGGCACUGGACAAGAUGGGAAUGGAUAUAAUAGAGACAGGAGAUCCAGAUGCCUUUAAGAAGUAUCAACAAGAUUUUGACAACACUAUUUGUGGACGCCACCCGAUCAGCAUUUUUCUCCAUAUGCUAAAACAUUGCUCAAGCAAGAUGAAGAUAAACUUCCUGCGGUACGAGCAGUCAAGCCAGUGCCUAACUAUGCGAGACAGCAGUGUCAGCUAUGCAUCUGCUGCAGCCAAGUUGGAAACUUGA